AUGAUCACUGCCUACUUGCACGACAGCCAAGUGAAAUCUGCCAAGAGCCUCUUCAAUCAAACCCCACCCAAGAACCCCCUCCUCUACAACGUGAUGCUCACAACCUACGCCCAUAACGGGUGCCACGCCCUCGCGAUCGAGCUCUUCACCUUGAUGCUGUGUAGAGAUCUCAUCUCGUACAAUGCAAUGCUCUCUGCGCUCGUGAACUCUAGCCCUAUCGAUCAAACCAAAGAUUUCUUCGAUCUAAUUCCCGAGAAGAUCGUUGCAUGGAAUACGAUGCUCACAACAUAUGCCGAAAAUGGGCAUCUGGAAAUGGCGAUUUCCAUGUUCGAUUCGAUGAGCCAUCACGAUAUCGUGUCCUACACUGCCAUGGUCACUGCGUAUGGAUCGAGCGGCCAGAUAGAACACGCAAGAAUACUGUUUGCCUCGUCACUCCAGAAAGACGUGGUUUUAUCAACUGCCAUGCUCGCAGCAUAUGCCCAUUUAGGGUUCUUGGCAGAGGCUAGCACAAUUUUCGAAUCUAUGCGAGAAUGCAGCAUAAUCACGUGGAAUUAUAUGCUAGAUGCUCACGAAUUGAGCAGAAAAAUCGAAAAAACGCAGUUUAUUUUCGAUUUGAUGCCAGUAAGAGAUACAGUGUCUUGGAUUUUGAUACUCAACGCAUAUGCCCGGCUUGGGCAUCUGGAGAAAGCGAUUUCGUUCUUCGCGACAAUGCCAAUGCCACACGCAGUCCCGGAUCGCGUCGUGCCCUGGAACACGAUGCUCGCAGCGCACGGAACCAGCGGCCAGGACGCCGAGAAUCUCCUGUGGGCCGCGAAUUUGCAAGGUGUGGCCCCGGAUGCCGGCUGGAGCUACUUCGUGUCGAUGCGCAGCGAUUACUCGAUCCAGCCGGAGAAGCUCCACUUUGGGUGCAUGGUGGCCAUCCUGGCUCGAGCCGGGAACUUCGAUUUCGCCCGGGAUCUCCUCGACAACAUGCCAUUCGUUCCAGGGAUCGAGCAAUUGAGCUGCCUGACACUGUUCUAG